UUAGCUGUCCGCCUGUUGCUUCCUUCACGUAGUCACGUCUCCUCCUCCGCCCAGCAGCUUCCUCCUCCCCUCUCGCUAAGGAACCCUCUCCCGUCUCCGCCCCCGCAAGCGCAACCCCUCUCCUCCUCCCUCGCACGCGUUCUGCGUUCCCGGAGGAAGACGAGAUGUCGUACGCCUACCUCUUCAAGUACAUCAUCAUCGGCGACACAGGUGUCGGCAAGUCGUGCCUGCUGCUGCAGUUCACCGACAAGCGCUUCCAGCCCGUCCACGACCUCACCAUCGGCGUAGAGUUCGGCGCCAGGAUGAUCACCAUCGACCACAAGCCCAUCAAGCUCCAGAUUUGGGACACGGCAGGCCAAGAGUCAUUCAGAUCUAUAACCAGAUCAUACUACAGAGGUGCUGCUGGCGCUCUUUUGGUUUAUGAUAUCUCCAGGAGGGAGACUUUCAAUCAUCUUGCGAGCUGGCUGGAAGAUGCGAGGCAACAUGCCAAUGCUAACAUGACGAUAAUGUUGGUUGGGAACAAAUGUGAUCUGUCUCACAGACGUGCAGUGAGCUAUGAGGAAGGCGAGCAGUUCGCAAAGGAACAUGGUCUAAUCUUCAUGGAGGCAUCUGCAAAAACCGCACAGAACGUUGAGGAGGCAUUUGUCAAGACUGCUGGAUCUAUAUACAAGAAAAUCCAAGAUGGUGUCUUUGAUGUAUCUAAUGAGUCUUAUGGAAUCAAAGUUGGAUACGCAGUCCCUGGCCAAUCUGUAGGUGCCGGCGCCUCAUCUUCUCAAGGUGGUGGCUGCUGCAGCUAAUUCGAUUAUGUACAAAAACGUCUGUCGUGUGUCACAUACCCACUGCAUUAUCUUCAUGUUGCUGAGUGGAAAGUAGUUGCUCCAAGGUGCUUUGUUAUUUCACGCACCAAUGGAUUCUGUUCCCUCAUUCCCUGAACGACUUACAAGAUUCAGUUGAUUUAUGGCAGGUGUUCAUAAACUGUCCGCUCUCUGUAAUAUACUAGACUCUUCCUGUUUCGAGUCAUUUAGCAUCCACGAAUUCUGUCCGUUUGCAUGUGUAAAUAAAAAUAACACGAUGUGUGGCUUGUUCUGAUGCUGUUAA